CUUCUACUGAAGGUUCUGUGGGAUAAGGAGUGCGAUAUCGUCGACGCUCGGGACCAGCUCGGUCUAGGCGAGUUCCACCAACAAGCUCGCGAGGCGAGCAAGGUCAUCAGCAGCCAUAAUGGCCUCGGACAAGUCAACGAGGAAGUCGUAAAUCCCUCGCUUGUGUCAUUACUCAUGGCCAUCACAAUGAAGCACCCUAAUGUGCACGCCACAUGGACACCGCAGCGUGCCAGCCUCACUGCACGGUUCCGGAAAUCAGCCGUGGUUAGCAUGCUUGACGGGUUCCUCUACUCCAACUUGACGUCCCAAACGCAAGUCAUCUUGGAGGCAAAAGCCAGACGCCGCGAGUACCACGCCCCUAAUGUGUUCUGGCAGGAAGCCGCGGAGUUGGUCGCCGCUCUCCACACGCCGCCCCUAGGGGGCUGCGAAGGAGCCGUGUCUCAGGACGGUGACCGGUUAUAUAUCGCAAUGGCCGUCCGCAAUGACCGAUAUCAGGAGUUCCUGCUGGAUAUAAAUGAGCCCGACAACGGGGAGGGCUUUCCUCUGAUCAGGCAGUGGGGCCCUUGGAAUAUCAACCGCUCCAAUGAUGUCAAG